AAGCUCUUCUUCUUCAGAUCUGGAGUUCUUGCUUGAUCUGCUUCCUCUUCUCUCCGGCGAUGGCGAUCCAAUCUCCAGGAGAUCUGAGUACCCUUUCACUUUUGAUUGUUACUUGUCUUGUCAUUUGUCGCUGUUGUUUCUCUGUUUCACCGGUUAAUCAUCCGGACCCUUCUUCUGCAUUCGAUGAAUUAAUGAGUUCAUACCGAGCCUGUUUGGAUAGGGUAACAGAACUAGACCAGAUAAUUUUAGACUUGAAUAUUCAUCUAGAACAUCUAGAACAACUCAAAAUGAUGGAUACGACGCCGAGUAUAUCUGAGACAUCUAGGGAAAAUCAAACUAAUCCCCAACCAAGGGGAAGCAGUAGCAGAGCCCAACUCGGAGAAAGCAGUAGCAGAGCCCAACCCGGGGAAAGCAGUGGACUGAUCGCCUAUCCGCAGGGUUCUAAGAAAACUCAACUAUGCAUUCAUUUUGAGAAGAAGAAGCAAUGCCGCUUUGGAAGCGAUUGCAAUUUCGCUCAUGGCCCGCGUGAACUACAUCCCAUUAUUCGUCAUCCUUUGUACCGGACCAAACCCUGCAUGCAAUUCCAUUCCGAAGGAUUCUGUUCAUUUGGGGCGACAGGUGUCAUUUUUUUCAUUAGUACCUUAAUUUCGCUAUGCUCUUUCUUCAAAGUGAAUAAGUCAGACUCGUAGAACUGAUACCAGAUUAUAACUCUGGUUUUUACUCUGCUGUUUUUUACAUUUUCAAAAUGAUGUUGCUGUAUUUUUCAUAUUCCUUAUCGGGUAAGUAAGUGGUAUUUUUACAUUUAGAAUUCA